AUGAUUUACCCCAUUGGUUCAAUAUAUACAUCAAUGAAUUCAACAAAUCCAGCUGAUGUAUUCGGUUUCGGUACAUGGCAACAAAUAACCGAUCGUUUCCUCUACUGUGCUAAUAGUUCAAAACAAACCGGUGGUUCAAAGAAAAUUAAAGAAGCAAACCUUCCGCCGCAUAAGCAUACAGGAACUACAAACUUUUCUGGCGACCAUAUACACUCAUUAAGAGACCACCCAUUAUAA